AUGGACCUCGAUAUCGCGUGUGGUCUCUUCGACGAACUGGGUGUUGAAACCGAAGAAUGGACCCACAGACCUGCCCAAACGGUCAAUCAAACCGACAUGUUGGCGCCCCAAGAGUCCGCAGCCCGUUACAAGACCCAAGGGUAUGCCCAAGAGCUCAAGGAUGAAAUCGUCCCCUACGUCCGCGCAAAGUUAGACGCCGAUAAUUUGGGCGAGUGCCUCAUUGCCAAGAGCAAGACACGAGAGGGCAAACUUGAUCUGGGAAGUAUUGUCUCCGGCGAAUACAAGACGAUCGUUCUUGGGGCUCUCCUCAUGCGUGUUGGGGCCAAGAUUAACGAUGAGGAUCGUCGGCUUCUUCGGGGUCUAGUUUCCAAGGUUGUCUGUAUUCCCGGAAUUGCCUGGCCUCUGGGGGAUGGUGGGUUUCGCAGCCCGGGGAAGGCUCAGUUCCUGGCAGCCCUGGAUGCUUAUGAGCCGGGUAAGCCGCGGGAUUUUCAAGAGUUGAGCUGUUUCCAAUGUGGCAAAAUCGAGUCUGAAAUCGGUAACAAGCCUCUGCAAUUCACCAAGUGCAAGCGAGCCUGGUACUGCAACAAAGUCAGUUAG